UAACGAGGGUCGGUUUUUUGCAAUUUUUAAAACCACUGAGACGGAGGGAGGUUGCGUGUAGCUGUUACAGUGUACGUCAAGGAUACAAGGAUAUGUGUGAAAAUAAGUGCGACGAAUGUCGGGAAUCCUGGUGAAUGUCUUCGAGGGUGCAUCCUAGGUUUUUUUUCACCAAAAAAAGAACAAUGCUCGGUGUGUGCGGCUGUCUGGUUUUCAACGGAAUAAAGUCGACGGUUUAAGCAUGUGCCAUUCGAAGUUCAAGUGUUGGUGACGCGAAGUAUCGGGUUUAUCGUAAAAAAUUCUUCCCAAGUUUCUUAAUUUUUCCCUCGAUUGGUGCACGCAGUUUUGUUUCGCUGUUUAAUUUCAUCGGUUCUUUUAUUUCCAACGGAAAUAACGAGGCUCGGGGGUUAAGAUGCAGCUGAAGUGGUGGCGCGAGUGACGGUGCGCAAAUUCUGUGAUAUUCUACAAAGUGGACAAAAUGGCGUUGCAGUACGUCAUCAUCGUUAUUCUGGUGACAACUGCCGUGUCGCUUCCUCCAGUCAUAAGAAUCGGUGCGAUUUUCACCGAGGACCAAAAGGACAGCCCGUCGGAGCUGGCGUUCAAAUACGCUGUCUACAGGAUCAACAAGGACAAAAGUGUCCUGCCGAACACGACGCUGGUUUAUGACAUCCAAUACGUCCCGAAGGACGACUCAUUCCGUACCAGCAAGAAGGCUUGCAAACAGCUUUCAAGAUCGGUGCAGGGCAUCUUCGGCCCGUCCGAUCCUCUCCUGGGAGCUCAUAUCCAGAGUAUUUGCGAGGCAUUGGACGUGCCGCACCUGGAGGCGAGAGUCGAUUUCGAGCCGACGUUCAAAGAGUUCAGUAUAAACCUCUACCCAGCCCAGGAUCACCUGAACAGAGCGUUCAAGGACCUAAUGUCCUUCCUGAACUGGACGAGAGUGGCGAUUAUAUACGAGGAAGAUUACGGUCUGUUCAAGCUCCAGGACCUUGUCAAGUCGCCGCCGUCGACGAGGGCGGAGAUGUACAUCCGACAGGCGGGACCAUCCUCGUACAGACAAGUUCUCAGGGAGGUUCGUCACAAGGAGAUUUACAAGCUUAUCGUCGACACGGAUCCGGCGCACAUGCAGCAAUUCUUCAGAGCGAUACUUCAGCUGCAAAUGAACGACUACAGAUACCACUACAUGUUCACAACCUUUGAUAUAGAAACCUUCGACCUCGAGGACUUCAAAUACAACAGUGUCAACAUGACUGCCUUUCGUCUCGUAGACGUCGAGGAACCCAGAGUAGCCGAAGUCCUUAGACAGAUGGAGAGAUUCCAGCCGGUUGGUCACGCGAUUUUAAACAAAACCGGAGUCAUUCAGGCAGAACCAGCGCUCAUGUACGACAGUGUUCAGGUUUUUGCCCACGGUCUGGCCUCCUUGGAUCGCAGCCACGUCCUUAGGCCGGCGAAUUUGUCCUGCGAUAAGGAAGAGCCUUGGGACGAUGGUCUCUCGCUCUACAACUACAUAAACGCUGCAGGGAUCCACGGUUUGACCGGGCACGUCGAAUUCAACGAGGGUAAGCGGAACAACUUUAAACUCGAUCUUCUAAAAUUGAAGAGGGAGGAAUUGGUCAAGGUUGGAGAAUGGAAGCCGGGCAGCGGAGUCAACGUAACGGAUGUCGGAGCCUUCUACGAGACAACCGCAACCAACAUCACCUUAGUCGUCAUGACCAGAGAGGAGAAGCCAUACGUCAUGGUCAAGGAGGACAAGAAUUUGACCGGAAACGCCAGGUUCGAGGGCUUCUGCAUAGACCUUCUAAAGUGGAUCGCUGGCCAGGUCGGAUUCCAAUAUGCAAUACGACUCGUUCCCGAUCACAUGUACGGAGUAUACGAUCCGGAAACCAAGGAGUGGAAUGGAAUCGUUCGCGAGCUUAUGGAAAAGCGAGCUGAUCUGGCCGUAGCUUCAAUGACGAUCAACUACGCGAGGGAAAGUGUAAUCGAUUUUACAAAGCCGUUCAUGAAUCUGGGGAUCGGAAUAUUGUUCAAGGUGCCCACAAGCCAGCCGACCCGGUUAUUCUCGUUCAUGAAUCCCCUGGCGGUCGAGAUUUGGCUCUACGUUUUGGCCGCCUACAUGCUGGUCAGUUUCACCCUCUUCGUAAUGGCCAGGUUCAGCCCCUACGAAUGGAACAACCCCCACCCCUGCCUCGCCGAGAGCGACGUAGUCGAGAACCAGUUCAGCGUCAGCAACAGCUUCUGGUUCAUCACUGGGACAUUUCUCAGGCAGGGAAGUGGGCUCAACCCAAAGGUCUCUGGGAGAAUGCCGUCGCGUCUCUUCUCCUUCAUGAAUCCGCUCGCCGUAGAAAUAUGGCUUUCCAUGCUAGGCGCCUACGUCAUUGUUUCACUCACCAUUUGGAUCGUGGCGAGAUUUUCACCCUAUGAAUGGGUCGAGCCGCCGCCAUGCGACAUCCCGUUGCCGAGAACGGUGAACGACUUCACCCUGGCGAACAGCUUCUGGUUUACCGUCGGGACGCUAAUGCAACAAGGGAGCGACCUCAACCCUAAGGCGACCAGCACUCGGAUCGUCGGUGGUAUCUGGUGGUUCUUCACCCUCAUCAUCAUAUCCUCCUACACGGCGAAUCUGGCCGCUUUUCUAACGGUCGAGAGGAUGAUCACCCCGAUCGAGAACGCCGCCGACCUCGCCGAGCAGACUGAGAUUUCUUACGGUACCCUGGAGGGUGGAAGCACGAUGACCUUCUUCAGGGACUCGAAGAUCGGUAUUUACCAGAAGAUGUGGCGGUUCAUGGAGUCCAAGAAGCCCGCCGUUUUUGUCUCAACGUACGAGGAGGGGGUGAAACGCGUCCUCGAGGGCGACUACGCCUUCCUCAUGGAGUCCACGAUGCUCGACUACGCCGUCCAGAGGGAUUGCAAUCUCACGCAAAUCGGUGGCCUCCUGGACAGCAAAGGAUACGGGAUCGCGACGCCGAAAGGUUCGCCCUGGCGGGAUAAAAUAUCUCUGGCCAUCUUGGAGCUACAGGAAAAGGGAGUGAUUCAGAUACUCUACGACAAGUGGUGGAAAAACACCGGCGACGUUUGCAAUCGGGACGAGAAGAGCAAGGAGAGCAAAGCCAACGCUCUUGGCGUCGAGAACAUCGGUGGAGUAUUCGUCGUUCUGCUCUGCGGACUCGCCCUCGCGAUUCUCGUUGCGAUUCUCGAGUUCUGCUGGAACUCGAAAAAGCACGCCCAGUCCGACAGGUCACUCUGCGCCGAAAUGGCCUCGGAAUUAAGAUUCGCGGUGAGAUGCGGUUCCCGUCAGAAGCCUGCGACGAAACAGCGGAUAUCCCGCGAGGGCCAUCUUCCAUGUCCGAGGUGCAGCCCUGGUGCUUCGAUUCGAAGAGGAAGAUACUGCGCUCGCGAAGAAACCACAUACGUACCCAGCAUCGAGCUGCCUCGACUAAAUGCAGGAGGCUGGGGCGUUGCCGAUGACGGAGAUGAAGAAGUCAUUGAGCUUCGAAGCAGCGGACACAUGCAGGGGGGUUGGACGAGUCGGGGGCAACACCUAGCACAGGCCUCCACCUCGUCUGCAACCUCAGUCCUGCACCAGAACCACCCCCUCGACGCACACUCACCCGCCGCCCCCCCUCCUCCCGCCCCCGCCGCCCCACACCCACGGGCAUCACACCCACGCCCACGGCCACUCUCACACUCACACGCACAAGCAUCAUCAGCCUCCACCCCCGAGGCUGAGGCGGGACUCUUCCGGCAUCGGCUUGGCUCAAGGAGGUGACCACCCUGAGAGCAUUCUCUGGAGGUUCGACUGCGACCUGGCCGGUGAACCCGACGUGGUGAUUUCGCCCCCGCCGCCCCCGCCACCACCCCCAUCGGCCGCUGUCUCGCGGACGACGAC